CUAACGAAACUGAGGCGAUCAAAUACGACACACAACACUUUUGAAGAAGAAAUUUCAAAACUUAAAACCUCUUUCAACUCAAUAAAUUAUUUUUAAAUUUAAAAAAAAAAAAAAGAGGACAAAAAGAUCCUGAUUUUCUCAAGAAAAAUUUAUUUAUUUUCUCGAGAAUUUGUGCAAUUAUAAUGAAAUUGACGCCAUAUUUUUCCAGUUUCUUACUGAUCUUAUUGCUCUCGGUUCAAUUUCGGGCUUCGUUCGGAUUGCACUCGACCGACCAGGCCUAUGUGACGCUACUGUACGGCGAUGAGUUUCUAUUGGGUGUUAGGGUUUUGGGGAAGUCAAUACGCGAUACUGGAUCCACGAAAGACAUGGUUGUUUUGGUCUCUGAUGGUGUCUCCGGUUACGCUAAGAAGCUUCUUCAGGCAGAUGGGUGGAAGGUGGAGGAGAUAAGUUUAUUGACGAAUCCAAAUCAAGUGCGUCCGAAAAGGUUUUGGGGCGUCUAUACUAAGCUUAAGAUUUUCAAUAUGACUAACUACAGAAAAGUUGUAUAUCUUGAUGCUGAUACUAUUGUGGUCAAGAACAUUGAGGAUCUUUUCAGAUGUCGAAAAUUCUGUGCUAACCUGAAGCAUUCUGAGAGGCUAAAUUCAGGGGUCAUGGUUGUUGAACCGUCAGAAACAGUUUUCAAUGAUAUGAUGAGCAAAGUGAACACGUUACAUUCAUACACUGGAGGUGAUCAGGGAUUUCUAAAUUCAUAUUACCCUGAUUUUCCCAAUGCACAUGUUUUUGAGCCAAAUUUAUCCCCUGAGAUGUUGAAGUCUAGACCUGUUCCUGAUAUGGAGCGACUCUCUACUCUAUACAAUGCAGAUGUUGGUCUUUACAUGCUUGCAAAUAAGUGGAUGGUAAAUGAGACUGAACUCCGUGUUAUUCACUAUACACUUGGUCCGCUUAAACCUUGGGACUGGUGGACAUCUUGGCUAUUAAAACCUGUUGAUGUCUGGCAGGACGUCAGAAUAAGGCUUGAGGAAACUCGUCCUGGAACGGGAGGGGGUGGAAAUCCAAAUGAUGAUGUUUUGGUCAAAGUCCUUUUCCUGUUACCGCUUUGUGCUCUGCUUUUCUGUUACUACCGUUCUUUCCUUCAGAUACGGGAGCACUUCAGCUCACUUUGUAGAAGUUCACUAUGUGAUCAGAUUAGGCUACUUUACUUCAAAAUCAGAUCUUGUGGAGCACUGGCUUAUAGCAGUGUGUCGUCAUCAUCUGCUACUAAUUCCAACCACCAUUUUUCUAAUGGUGCACAGUUGAAGGUGCCUGGCUAUCUGGGUGGAAUUUCAAUCUUCGUGUGCUUUAUGGUUGCUCUGUUGUCCCUUGGCCUGUCUUUUGCAAUUGUGCCUCGGCAAGUGAUGCCAUGGACUGGUUUGCUGUUGGUAUAUGAGUGGACUUUCACACUCUUCUUUCUUUUAUUUGGAGGUUUUCUCCAUUUGAUUUAUCAAUGGGGAAGGACUGUGGCAUUCCAAGCAGGAUCCUCCUCUUCUCAUGGAGACUCUUUUGAUGAUGACUCUGGAAAAGGUCAUCAGCGGCAGGCAUCGGCUUGUGAUUUUGUUACAUGGUAUUACGGAAUCGGGAUGGCAUUUUUGGCUGUAGCUGUCCCUUCUUUACCAUUUUUAUUUGGAAUCACAGCUCUGUUUUUGAGGUUAGGAUUGAUGGUUGCGGGAGGCAUAGUUUUGGCAUCUUUCAUGACAUACGCUUCAGAGCACCUUGCAAUCAGGUCAUUUUUGAGAGGCCUUGAAGACCGGGACUCCACACGACCAGGGAUUGCAUGUUUCUUAUGCUGACAAAAGGCUUCAAAGUGAUUAUGUAAGUUAAAAGCAAUGUAUUUUUCCUUGUAAUUCAUUUAACAUGUAAAAUAUUGCAGAAUAAUUUUUCAGUUUAGAUUGCCUUAUUUCCAUGAGGUUUUUUUGUAAUAUUCUU